AUGGGGGCGGGGUCGUCGGGGGGAAAUGCGUGGCCAACUCGACGGGUUGAACACGUCGCCCCAAAAGUCCGGCUUGUUGUCGGCCUUCUUGCCUGCAGAGGAUCCGAUUUUUUUGGCAACGGUGGGCAGAAAGUGCGCCAGUCGUUGACGUCGCCAGUGACGUACGUCCACGUCAAAGAAGGGCACGGGCAACAAAAAGUCCUCGUCUCAUUCGCUGGUGCUGGCACACAGCACACCCCCGUCGUCAAGGACACCUUUUGUGUGGGCAAAGGCAACGUCAUCUUGGUCAUAGCCAUCACUAUGAUCACCCAGAACCGCAGUGGUGACUUCCGAGCGGCGCUGUUUUCUACAGUGUCACUGCACGUCGGCCAACCCUUGGAGUUGGAGUUUCCAAGAGUUCGAGGACCGCACUUGCUCAAGUGCGCGGAGGAGUCGAUGCUUCUGUUGUGGAUAACGGAUGUGAGACGUGACGGUGGGAUCGUGGCACUGAGCUUGAGCUCGCUGACGAAGUCCAUCGCGGUGGCCUUGACGUGA